CUGCGCCCUGAGGCUCAAGCCGCGGCGUGCAAGGCGUGUGGGGCGCGCGGAGAGUCGCGCGCGCCGUCGGCGAUGCCCCGGGACGGCGUUCCUGCGGGGAGAACCAACCCGGCGGCAGCCCGGGCCUUCGCGCCGAGCUCGGAUUCCGCGACUGCUGGGGCACCGCAGGUGUCUGACCCGCUGAAGCGCUUUGUGUUAUUCUUGGAAAAUUUCGCACCACUUGUGAAUUCCUUGAACCUGGGCAUUGCAAACCCACUUCUGUUGGGCCCAUCUCCUUUGCACUUUGCUCAGAUUAAGACUCAGUUGGCGCUUCAGCAGCUGAAUGCCGUUGCCUCACAUGGUUCACCACCACCUUAUACUUUAUUAAAUCAGGCUUUCUUGAAAAUAGCCAUGUCGAGACCCAGGUUUAAUCCUCGAGGAGACUUUCCACUUCAAAGGCCACGAGCACCUAACCCUUCUGGGAUGAGGCCUCCAGGACCAUUUAUGAGGCCUGGAUCUAUGGGUCUCCCAAGGUUUUACCCAGCAGGGAGAGCCCGUGGAAUUCCACACAGAUUUGCUGGCCAUGAAUCUUAUCAGAACAUGGGACCACAGAGAAUGAAUGUUCAGGUAACUCAACACAGAACUGAUCCAAGAUUGACCAAAGAAAAACUGGAUUUUCAUGAAGCACAACAGAAGAAGGGGAAGCCUCACGGUAGCCGGUGGGAUGAUGAGCCUCAUAUAUCUGCAUCAGUGGCAGUGAAACAGAGUUCUGUAACACAGGUUACAGAGCAGAGUCCCAAAGUACAGAGCCGCUAUACUAAAGAGAGUGCCUCAAGUAUCUUAGCAAGUUUUGGAUUAUCUAAUGAAGACCUAGAAGAACUUAGUCGCUAUCCUGAUGAACAACUAACUCCGGAAAAUAUGCCAUUAAUUUUGAGGGAUAUAAGAAUGCGAAAAAUGGGGCGCAGAUUACCUAAUUUACCUUCUCAGAGCAGAAAUAAAGAAACACUUGGUAGUGAAGCAGUUUCAAGUAAUGUGAUUGAUUAUGGGCAUGCAAGCAAAUAUGGCUACACAGAAGAUCCGCUUGAAGUACGUAUUUAUGAUCCUGAAAUUCCAACUGAUGAGGUUGAGAAUGAAUUCCAGUCACAGCAGAGCAUUUCUGCAUCUGUUCCCAAUCCAAAUGUGAUAUGUAAUUCUGUGUUUCCUGUUGAAGAUGUAUUUCACCAAAUGGACUUCCCCGGUGAGUCCUCCAAUAAUCGGUCAUUUUUCCCAGUCGAGAGUGGAACCAAGAUGUCAGGCUUACACAUUUCGGGAGGACAGUCAGUCCUUGAACCUAUAAAAUCUGUCAACCAAUCCAUUAACCAAACAGUUAGCCAGACAAUGAGUCAAUCUCUGAUUCCUCCGUCUAUGAACCAGCAACCAUUUUCGUCAGAAUUAAUUUCAACUGUAAGCCAACAAGAGCGGAUCCCACGUGAGCCUGUGAUUAAUUCAUCUAAUGUACAUGUUGGAUCAAGAGGAAGUAAAAAGAAUUACCAGUCACAGGCUGACAUUCCCAUUCGGUCUCCCUUUGGUAUUGUGAAAGCAUCCUGGCUACCAAAAUUUUCACAUGCUGAUGCCCAGAAAAUGAAGAGACUUCCAACUCCUUCUAUGAUGAAUGAUUAUUAUGCAGCGUCUCCAAGAAUAUUUCCACAUUUGUGUUCUCUGUGUAACGUAGAAUGUAGUCAUUUGAAGGAUUGGAUUCAGCAUCAAAAUACAUCUACUCAUAUUGAGAGCUGUCGACAGUUACGUCAACAGUAUCCUGAUUGGAAUCCUGAGAUCCUCCCAUCAAGAAGAAAUGAGGGUAAUAGAAAAGAAAAUGAAACUCCACGAAGACGUUCUCAUUCCCCCAGUCCUAGGCGUUCUAGAAGAUCAAGCUCAAGUCACAGAAUCCGUCGAUCUCGAAGCCCAAUGCGUUACAUGUAUAGACCAAGAAGUCGAAGUCCAAGAAUUUGCCAUCGUUUCAUUUCUAGAUACAGAUCCAGAUCCAGAUCCAGAUCCCGUUCACCAUAUCGAAUUAAAAAUCCAUUUCGGGGUAGUCCAAAAUGCUUUCGAUCAGUUAGUCCCGAAAGGAUAUCCAGGAGAUCAGUGAGAUCAUCAGAUAGGAAAAAAGCAUUAGAAGAUGUAGUACAACAAUCUGGGCAUGGGACAGAAUUUAAUAAACAGAAGCAUCUUGAAGCUGUUGAUAAGGGACAUUCACCAGCACAAAAGCCUAAAACUGGCAGUGGAACAAAACCAUCAGUUAAAUCUACAAGCACUUCAAAGAGCGAUUCAAAUCUAGGAGGACAUUCUGUUCGUUGUAAAUCAAAGAAUCUUGAAGAUGAUACUUCACCAGAAUGUAAACAGGUGUCUGAUAAAGCUGUUUCUCUCCAGCGAAAGCUUCGGAAGGAACAAUCAUUGCAUUGUAGUUCAGUCCUUCUUAUAUCUGAAUUACCAGAGGAUGGUUGUACUGAAGAAGAUGUUAGAAAAUUAUUUCAACCAUUUGGGAAAGUGAAUGAUGUCUUGAUUGUUCCAUAUAGAAAGGAGGCUUACCUAGAAAUGGAAUUUAAAGAGGCAGUUACUGCAAUCAUGAAGCACAUUGAAACAACACCUCUUAUGAUAAAAGGAAAAAAUGUGAAAAUAUGUGUUCCAGGAAAGAAAAAAGCACAGAACAAAGAGGUGAAGAAAAAGGCUUUAGAGUCAAAGAAAGUAUCUGCAUCUACCUUAAAAAGAGAUACAGAUGCUUCAAAAGCUGUUGAAAUUGUUACUUCAACUUCUGCUGCCAAAACUGGACAAACCAAGGCAUCUGUAGCCAAAGUAAACAAAUCUGCAGGGAAAUCAGCAAGUUCUGUAAAAUCUGUGGUAACAGUAGCUGCUAAAGGUAAUAAAGCUUCAAUCAAAACAGCAAAAUCUGGUGGAAAGAAGUCUCUAGAAGCCAAAAAGACUGGGAAUGUCAAAAACAAAGACUCUAACAAACCUGCUACUGUACCAGAAAACUCUGAAGUAAAGACCAGUAUGGAAGCCAAAGCCACUGAAAACUGUGCUAAAGAAGCUAUUUCUGAAGCUGCCUUGGAGACCACAGAAAAUGAACCAGUUAGCAAGGAAAGAGAAGAAAUGUGUGUGAUGCUUAUCUCUAAUUUGCCUAAUAAAGGAUAUUCUACAGAAGAAGUUUGUGACUUAGCAAAACCAUUUGGUGGCUUAAAGGAUGUCUUGAUUUUCUCAUCUCAUAAAAAGGCAUAUAUAGAAAUAAAUAGAAAAGCUGCUGAGUCUAUGGUAAAAUUUUAUACCUGCUUCCCAGUAUUGAUGGAUGGAAAUCAACUCUCAAUAAGUAUGACUCCUGAAAACAUGAAUAUAAAAGACGAGGAAGCUGUAUUUACAACCUUGGUAAAAGAAAAUGACCCAGAGGCAAACAUAGAUACAAUUUAUGAUCGAUUUGUACAUCUUGAUAAUUUACCAGAAGAUGGACUUCAGUGUGUACUUUGUGUUGGACUUCAGUUUGGAAAAGUGGAUCACCAUGUAUUCAUAAGUAAUAAAAACAAGGCGAUUCUUCAGUUAGAUAGUCCUGAAUCUGCUCAGUCAAUGUACAGCUUUCUCAAACAAAAUCCACAAAACAUUGGUGACCAUAUAUUGACCUGUACAUUAUCUCCAAAGAUAGACUUACCAGAGGUGCAAACCGAGCAAGACCCAGAAUUAGAAAAAGAAAGCCCUGGCUUGAAAAACAAUCCAGUUGAUGAAAGUGAGGUCCAAACAGCAACUGAUAGUCCCUCUGUUAAACCUAAUGAGCUCGAAGAAGAAAGUAUACCCAACAUGCAAACAGAAAUUUUCGUACAACAGGAGAAGCCUUGUGAGGAAGAACCUGAAAAAGUAACAUGUGAUUCUGACUUUGCUAUGGAAACAUUGGAGGUUGAAACUCAAGGGGAGGAGGUCAAAGAAGAAGUUCCUCUUGUAGCAUCCACUCCAGCCAGUAUUGAACUAUUCACUGAAAAUGCCGAGGAGUGUGCUUUAAAUCAGCAGGUGUAUAACAGUGACUUGGAGAAGAAAGACGCAGGAAUUAUUAACCCUGAAACAGCAUUGUUACCAUCUGACAGUGUGUUUAUAGAAGAAAGGAACAUCAAAGGAGUUACAGAAGAAUCUCCAUCUGAAGCAGAAGAUUUCUUUUCUGGAGUUACACAGUCUGUGGUAGAAUCUAUAGCCGAAGUAGAAAAACCUGAAACUGUUUCAGAAAUAUUGCCAUCAGCUUGUAUUGUGACAUUAGUACCAGGAGUUUCCACUGGGGAUGAGAAGACAGUGGGCAAAAAGAGUAUUUCUGAAAAAAAAAGUAACAUGGAUGAAAAGGAGGAGAAUGAAUUUAAUAUAACUAAGGAAAUCAGAAUGGAUCUUCAAAUAGGAACAGAGAAGGCUGAAAAGAAUGAAGGUAGGAUGGUUGCAGAAAAGGUGGAAAAGAUGAUGGCGUCAGUGAAAGAAAAGCCUGCAGAAAAUACUUUAUUCAAGACAUACCCAAAUAAAGGAGUGGGUCAGGCUACUAAUCCUGAUGAAACUAGUAAGACUAGUAUUCUGGCAGUAUCCAGUGUAUCUAGCAAUAAAUCAAGCAUCAAGGCUGUUGUAGUCUCUUCUCCUAAGGCAAAAGCUACAGCUUCGAAACCUGAAAAUCAGAAAAGUUUUUUAAAAUCUGCGCUUAGAGAUCAAAUAAAUGCUGAAAAGAAACUUUCGGCCAAGGAAUUUGCUCUACUUAAACCUACAAGUGCCAGGUCAGGCUUGGCAGAAAGCAGUAAAUUGAAACCCACUCAGAGCAGUUUUACCAGAGGAGGCAGUGGAAAGAUCUCAGCCCUGCAAGGCAAGCUUUCUAAACUGGAUUACAGGGAUAUAACAAAACAAUCUCAGGAAACAGAAGCUAGACCUUCCAUCGUGAAGCGGGAUGACAGCAACAAUAAGACUUUGGCUGGACAAAACACUAAGAAUUCUAAAAGUGCUGCUGGUAGAAGUUCCAAAUCUAAAGAGGAACCAUUAUUUCCAUUUAAUUUGGAUGAAUUUGUUACUGUGGAUGAGGUUAUAGAAGAAGUGAAUCCUUCUCAAGCCAAGCAGAAUCCACUAAAGGGAAAAAAGAAAGAAGCUCUCAGAAAUGUUCCGUUCUCUGAACUUAACCUAAAGAAGAAAAAGGGGAAAACUUCAGCCCCUCGUGGUGUUGAGGGAGAACUAUCUUUUGUAACAUUGGAUGAGAUUGGGGAAGAAGAAGAUGCAGCUGCACAUCUAGCACAAGCUCUAGUCACUGUGGAUGAAGUAAUUGAUGAAGAAGAACUAAAUAUGGAAGAAAUGGUAAAAAAUUCAAAUUCACUUUUUACAUUAGAUGAAUUAAUUGACCAAGAUGAUUGCAUUUCCCACAGUGAACCUAAAGAUGUUACUGUUCUGUCAGUGGCUGAAGAACAAGAUCUUCUCAAACAGGAGCGCUUGGUAACUGUGGAUGAAAUUGGAGAAGUGGAAGAGCUACCUUUGAAUGAGUCAGCAGACAUAACUUUUGCCACUUUAAAUACAAAAGGAAAUGAAGGAGACACUGUAAGGGAAUCUAUUGGCUUCAUUUCUUCUCAGAUGCCUGAAGACCCUUCUACUUUAGUUACUGUAGAUGAAAUACAAGAUGACAGCAGUGAUUUGCAUUUAGUGACUUUGGAUGAAGUAACUGAAGAGGAUGAAGACUCUCUGGCUGAUUUUAACAACCUAAAAGAAGAACUUAAUUUUGUUACUGUUGAUGAAGUUGGAGAGGAGGAGGAUGGAGAUAAUGAUUUAAAAGUUGAGUUAACACAAAGCAAAAAUGACAGUCCCACAGAUAAAAAAGGGAAUAGAAAGAAGAGAGCUGUGGACACAAAAAAGACAAAACUUGAAGCCUUGUCCCAAGUGGCUCCAGUAAAUGAGAAUGUUACAGAAGAAGAUUUAAAAACCAUGAUUGAAAGACGCUUAGCAGGUUUUGGGGUACAUGUGAAGAACAUGCAAGAUUGUUGCAUAGCUAAAACUUCAACCAAGAGAGUUAGAAUUGGGAAAACUCUGCCAUCAGAAAAGGCUGUUCUGACAGAACCAGGAAAAGGUGAAGAGGCCUUCCGGAUGAGUGAAGUUGAUGAGGAAUCUGGAUUAAAGGAUUCAGAACCAGAGCGAAAACGCAAGAAGACUGAAGACCCUUCUUUAUGCAAAUCAGUGGCAUCUGAUGUCCCUGAAGAAUUAGACUUUCUUGUACCUAAGGCUGGAUUCUUCUGUCCAAUUUGUUCCCUCUUCUACUCAGGUGAAAAAGCAAUGACAAAUCACUGCAAGAGUACACGUCAUAAGCAAAAUACUGAGAAAUUCAUGGCCAAGCAAAGAAAGGAAAAGGAACAGAAUGAGGCUGAAGAAAGAAGCUGUAGGUGAUUGGGGGAAAGGGGAAAGAAUUCACUAGAAAUUUGUUUAGGGUCCAGUUGAUUUGUGUAUUUUUGUUAUCAUUUAAUUUGUAAUUUUCAUUUCAGAAGCAAAUACUCGUGUUGUACAAAUUUCUGAUUACCCUUGAUGUAGAGAGACUGAUGGGGAAAGUAUGAUGGGUUUGAUUUUUAUAUCAAAUCAUCAGGCAUGGAGAAAUAUCUUUUAGAAGUGUUAAAAUAAAUGUUCCUACUGUAUAUUUAAAAUAC